UGAGGUAACGCCGUGAUGUGGGACCCGGGUUUUCCCGGCAUUUGCGAGCGGAAUGGGCCGGGGGAUGCAGCCGGAGGGAGGUGGUGUGAGGGCGAUGUUGCCUUCGCUGUGAGGGAAGCUGCGCUCAGGCCCAGCUCCCAGGGGCGCAGGACGCUUUUCUCUCCUACACUCAGACCCAGCAGCACUGGGGAAGGAGCGGCACUGCCGAAGCAGCGGCACCGUGCGGGGCUGUCCCGGCCGCGGCACCGCCCGGGCCGCGCCUGCGCUCCCCGCGGGAGGCCGGGCCGCGCCUGCGCUGCCGCCGGGCCGGGCCGGGCCGGGGCCGUGUUCGGCCGCGCCGCCGCCGCCUCAGCCAUGUCCGGCGGGCCGCGCCGCCCGGGCGCAGCGGGGCCGGGCGCGCUGCGCAGUUCUGUGCAACAUCCACACUGCUGGCAUCAAGAACAGGAACGUAGAAGCUGCAAUGAUUCAGAUUCUGUGAUGUUUGAGGAAUAUCAAUGUGGUCAUUCAGACCACUGGCUGGAAAGCUCUACAACAUCAGAACAUUCUGGGCCACUUUCCAGUUGCCACAGCUGGGAAGGUAGAAUUGAAGAAGACAAAACAAUGAGGACAUCAAAUAAAAAAAUUACAAAUUCUGUUUCAAGUGACUCUGCUAAUCCAGCUGAAAGGGAAACUGAUGAAGUGGUCCUGAGGAGAAGACAAAAACAGAUCAAUUUUGGAAAGAAUACCCUUGCAUAUGACAGAUACAUCAAAGAAGUUCCAAAGAACCAGCGAAUUCCAGGAGUUCACCCUAGAACUCCCAACAAGUUUAAGAAGUACAGCCGUCGGUCCUGGGACCAGCAGAUCAGGCUGUGGAAGAUAGCACUGCAUGCCUGGGAUCCUCCUGCUGAAGAAACCUGGGAUCUGCAGCCCGUUAGUACAGAACCUUCAGGUAGUUCCCAGGAACAGUUCUGCAAAGAUGAGGAUGUUUCUGGCUCCUUUGUGUUUGACGAAAAGCAGAAGAGAAAUGAGUGUGAAGAUGAAUGCAGACAGACUGCCUACACACCUGAGAGUUCCUGUUCUCCCGAUUCUUCUCCAGUAUGGAAACGCAGAAAAAGAAACAAUUCUGACUCCUCUGUGGUUUCAGAGAGCAAAAACCAUUAUCUGCAGAUGUACCACACACUGGAAAGCCUUACUGACUCAGGACAUAAAGAGGCUUUUUCUAAGUGCUCAGAGUGGGAAGCCUUUGGUGAAAAAGAUGAAGUAAUGACUGUAGAACAAAGUAUAGAAAUAACAAGUGACCCGAUUCCAGCCAGUUGUUCUUCAGGGUGGAACAAUCCAAAGCAGAGGAAAUCCAGCUUCUUUCUGCCUGACAGCAAGACUUGUAGAGAUGCAGACUGCAGGCUGGAAAGGCUUAAACUUUGUAGCAGUUUAUUGGAAGGACAUCAGUCAGAAUACCCUGACAGAGAAUGGGAAAGUGCAAAUGCUGAAGAUACAAUAUUGAGGAAAAAAAUCUAAAUACCAAGUCUCUCUUUGUAUAUAGAAGUAUUGAAGAAAGAAUUUCUUCUGUGACAAAAAGACUUGAAGAAUAGGGAUGUAGUCUGAGAUCAGCAGAUCAAGCCUUGGAAAACUGGUGCUGCCAUGUAGGACCUACACUAAAAGAGGAAGAGAUUUACAGUCAGCAUACGUGCAAUCAACAGAAGGUGAAAUUAUUCAGGUUUCUCCAGAUCUUUAUAAGGAUAGAUUGUUUUCUGCAAGUUGUGCCUCAAGUGUAAAACUUCAGACUUCAUUGUGCUGCAAUGACAAUGGAUGUUCCUUAAAGCUUUUGUGAGGACAUUUCUGCUGUGCCUGCCCUGGCAGGUGACAUGUGCAUUAUAUUUCAAAGGCUGCUUUGGGUGAUGGAUGCUGCCAUUCUCUCUGGAGAUCUUGUUCCUCAGAGUGUGCUGAUGUUUCACCAGUGAACUGGUCCAGUGUCAAGUCAGACUGAAGAAUGCAACCCCUCCAACCAAGGAACCCCUCUGCUCCACUGGACCAGAAUUGGACAUCCAGCCCAAAGAACUGCUUCAAAAGAAUGUACAUAAUUUCAGCCUUCCUCCAGUCAUUAAAGACAAGCUGUUCAUAACUUUUAGAUUGGGUGAUCACCCAUUUGGCUUAUUUAUUGUUCUCUGAGAUGUACUGAGCUGGCAUUUGACUAAGUCAGAUGAGAGAAGAGAAGGGAAAGAUAGAUGGUUUAUCAAAAUCAGAUCCUUUUUUUGAAGGGACUGAGUGACUGUUAGAACAGCAGCACAACUUAAAUAUCUGGAUUUUGCUUUUAUGUGUGACCCAAAGAGCCAGUCCACAGUUAAAGAGUAGGAGAAGAUGCAUUCAGUGCCUGUGGUUCCUGCAGCUAUUGGGGAUGAAUAGCAGUAUUUGCAGAUGUGGAGCUGCUCUUGUCCAGGCUAAGGGUUGUGAUGGUGUUGGGAUAGGCUCUCCUUUUAUUUACUCUGCUAGCACUGUGUACAGAAGUUUGAAGUGAGAGCUGUGCCUACAGUGGUUUGGACUGAAUUCGUGUGCCAGUUACAAGAAUUUUGCAGUCCUUGUGUAGCAUGUGCUGGGAUUCCAAUGUCUGCUGGAGCUGGGAGUUGUCUCUCUGCAGGAGUUUGGUUUUGCUUUCCCUUGAUGUGGGGCUGGCAGUACCCAUGGCCAGGAGCCCAUUGUGCUGCUGAUUUGGAGAAAGCUGCUUGCCCAGAAACUGCUCUCACUCCCAAAAUGUUAUUUCCAGGCAUGCUUGGGCAUUUUUGCCAACACAAGGGUUAUCAGUCACACACCACAGAGCACCCAGUGUGUGUGUACAAGGGAUCUGUACAGCACUUUUCUAAGAGGUAAUAUUUAGAACCUUGUUGUUCCAGUCUGCAUGCUUCCUUGUGAUUUAUGAUGAUUGUAAAUAAGGGGAUGUGUUACAUUUUUGGCAAUUUGCCUUUAUGCAGAAGAAUUAAAGACUUUAACUUUAAAAAUC